AUGUCUACCUUAGAGGAUCUCGACGACCUUGACCGUGAAGAGAGAGAGAAGAAGCCCCAAGAUGGCGACGGCAACGGCAGGAAGCCCUCCGGAGACGGAGACGCUGACAUGAAAGACGCUGAUAAGAAGGACGACGAAGAGGACCUCUUGGACGAUGAUAUUCUACAAUCGAGCACAGCGGACAUCGUCAAGCGACGGCGGAUGCUGGAGAACGAAAUGCGUAUAAUGAAGAGUGAAUAUCAACGGUUGACGCACGAACAGAGUACCAUGAGAGAAAAGGUCAAAGAUAAUCAAGAGAAGAUCGAAAAUAACAGGUACGGGGUUCUGGGAUAUGCUGGGUCUCCCAUUCCCUUCUUUCGAAGCUGGCUGGGUCGCAUUACCCAUGGUGGCGAGGGGGUAGGACAACUACCAUAUCUUGUCGGAAAUGUGGUUGAAUUGUUGGAUUUGGACGUCGAGGCUGAAGCCGCGGAAGAGGGUGCCAACAUCGACCUCGAUGCUACUCGAGUCGGCAAGUCUGCUGUCAUCAAAACCUCGACCCGUCAAACCAUCUAUCUCCCCCUCAUUGGUCUGGUAGAUCAUGAGAAGCUCAAGCCCGGUGAUCUCAUUGGUGUAAAUAAGGAUUCAUAUCUCGUCCUCGAUACAUUACCCGCCGAAUAUGAUAACCGAGUGAAGGCCAUGGAGGUCGACGAAAAGCCAACGGAGAAGUACACAGAUAUUGGAGGUCUGGAUAAGCAGAUUGAAGAAAUUGUCGAAGCUAUAGUAUGGCCGAUGAAGGAGGCCGAACGGUUUAAGAAGCUCGGCAUCAAGGCACCGAAAGGUGCUCUGAUGUACGGUCCCCCCGGUACCGGAAAGACCCUCCUCGCCCGAGCCUGUGCCGCAGAGACAAACGCUACCUUCCUCAAACUCGCGGGUCCCCAACUGGUGCAGAUGUUCAUUGGUGACGGAGCCAAACUCGUCCGCGACUGCUUCGCCCUCGCCAAGGAGAAGGCGCCCUCGAUCAUCUUCAUCGACGAACUCGACGCAGUUGGCACAAAACGUUUCGAUUCUGAAAAGUCCGGUGACCGCGAGGUGCAACGAACCAUGCUGGAACUCCUCAAUCAGUUGGACGGUUUCGCCUCCGACGACCGCAUUAAGGUUCUGGCUGCCACCAACCGUGUCGACGUCCUGGACCCUGCUCUCCUCCGUUCCGGCCGUCUGGACCGCAAGAUCGAGUUCCCCCUCCCUAACGAGGAAGCCCGCGCCAACAUCCUGCAGAUCCACUCCCGCAAGAUGGCUGUAGACGACAGCGUGAACUGGGCCGAACUGGCCCGCAGCACGGAUGAAUUCGGCGGUGCCCAACUCAAAGCUGUCUGCGUCGAGGCCGGUAUGAUCGCUCUCCGGAAGGGAAUGAGCAAGGUCGGACACGAAAACUACGUCGAUGCUAUCGCGGAAGUACAAGCUAAGAAGAAGGAUACCAACAUGGGCAUCUACGUCUAA